ACUUUUUCCGGCUGGUAACACAGUUGUUUUGUUUUGUUCUGACACGAAAUCAUAAAUAAUAUUUGCAUUAACUCCUCUUAUAUGAAACAAGCAUACUCAGUAAAAAGAUGAGUAGCCUAAAGUCGGACCUGGACGAAUACCUGCUGUUGCAGAGCGACCAAAAGAAAAGUUUCAAUGUCAAGCUGCCACAGCUGAAGGUGCCCAGUCUGGGAUUUUUCUCCAAAGGUGCAGAGCCGGAGGUUCAAAAUAGCUGGCUAAAGGAUACCCAGGACUCGUGUUGCCCCAAAUUGUCCCGCCUGCAGAGAAUCGUGGGUUUCGUGGCCUGCCUGGGCAUGGGCGGACUGUGCAUGACCCUUUCCACAUUAUACAUUCCCGUCUUGAUCCUGAAAGCGAGAAAGUUCGCCCUGCUCUACACCCUGGGCAGCCUGUUCUUCAUCCUAAGCUUCUGUUUCCUCUCCGGCUUCGGCGCCUUUCUGCGGCAAAUGUUCUCCAAGCAGCGCCUAUUGACCUCGCUGUCGUACAGCUUUUGUUUGCUUUUGACGCUGUACUGCGCCUUGGUGGCCAAGAGCACGGCCUUUACGGUCCUAUUUGCGGUGGCCCAGAUAAUAGCCCUACUCUUUAUGAUCCUGGGCAUGGUGCCCGGCGGGGCAACGGGUCUCAAGUUCUUUGGCCAGCUCUUCAAAACGAGCGUUUCGGCCUCGGGAAGUGCGCUGCCCGUUUGAAAACGAUAUAAAACAUAAAAGAAAUCAUCAUUCACCACCGCAGGCAGCAGCAGCAA